AUGCCAUCCCCAGAACUGAGUCAACAGCUUCCUUGCAUCCGUGGUGUUAAGAUAGCCGGCUCUUCAUCGCAUUGGGAUAUUAACCUCGAUUACCAAGACUCCCAUGGCACAAUUUCCUCUAUAACCCCGCAUGGUUCUUCUAGAGAAGAAUCUCAAUUUCCACUCGUGUUACCAGCAUUGACACAUCCACACAUUCAUUUGGAUAAAGCAUUUGUGCAUAGUGCUUGCGAAUAUGCUCACCUACUUCCCUCUAAUGGGUCAUUUCAAGAGGCCUUGUAUUUCACAACUAAAGCCAAGGAACAGUUCACUUAUCCUGGCCUUCUUCAGCGAGGUGAAUGGCUACUAGCUGAGUCAGUCGCGUCAGGAGUUACAGCUAUGAGGGCCUUUGUAGAGGUCGAUCAUACAGUACAAUUUAAGUGCCUAGAUGCGGCAGUCACGUUAAAAGAGCAAUGGAGAGAUUCAUGUCACGUCCAAAUUGUCUGUUUUGCGCAAGAUCCUAUAUUCUCUGGCGAACAUGGAGAAGAGAAUAAGACCAUAAUUGAGGAUGCUCUCGAACGGUAUUCGCAAAUUGACGUUAUUGGAACCACUCCUUAUGUCGAAACAAGUCCUGAUGCUUCAAAGAAGAAUAUUGACUGGGCGAUUCACCAAGCCUUAAAGCUGCACAAACACCUUGAUUUUCAUCUCGACUAUAAUCUAGAUACCACCAAGGAACCCUUGGUCUGGUACAUCUUGACAGCCCUGCAACAGCAGAAUUGGAACACUCGCUCGACAAACCAAUUAGUAAUGCUGGGUCAUUGUACGAGGCUGACCCUCUUCAGUGAAGAAGAUUGGAUCCAAAUCUCGCGCAUCAUUCAUGACAAUGAACUUCCAGUUAGCUUUGUGGGCUUACCAACUAGUGACAUAUACAUGGCAGCGCCUCCCGGACAAGAAAAGUCCCAAAAUCCACCUAGGGGUACUCUGCAAGUCCCGAAGCUGAUUCGCAACCACGGACUCGAUGUAGUCAUAGGAGUGAACAAUGUCGGGAACGCAUUUACGCCGUGGGGAUCUGCAGAUCCAUUGUUCUUGGCUUGUCUUGGUGUAGGGAUCUAUCAGGCUGGAACGCAGGCAGAUGCAGAUCUCUUAUAUGAGUGUGUAUCUACGCGUGCCCGUGCCUCUAUUGGUUUAUCGCCGCCUCAGAAUUUAGCUUUCGCGAGUGGUGGUUGUACUGAUUUUGUCAUAUUUCGAGAUCGAGAUGAGACUGGAUGCGGCGUGUCCCGUCAACGUGAUAGUGUGAGAGCAGUUGUAUGGGAUCCUCCUGCACGUUUCAGCAGAGACGUAAUCAUCAAUGGUCGAUUGAAAGGUCCCGUUAAGGAAGGGGUUAUUUCGGAUUCGGGGCUCAUUUUCUUAGGACAGAAAUGA